AUGAAUUCGGAAAAAGGUGAUGUCGAGAAAUGGAAACUACACUCUCUGCUAUCUUUUCUUGUCGCGGGGAAAAAAUCCGUUUCUCGUUCCCCGGAGCCCUAGUUUGUUCGAUGUUUUCAUUUUCAUUAUCUUCUGGGCAACAGUGGUCGAUUUCCUCGGUCAAGUCGCUUUGCUGCUGAGGCUCCCGAGCUCUUCCCUUCGGAAGAUUGCGGCGAAGGUGGAACUUCGGCAUUACGGUAAUUCUUUUGAGCUUGAAAGUCUCCUAACAAAUAUCACAGAAACUUGAUGCUUCAAUAUUCCCAAAUUUGGAGAGUUUUGUAUCUGAGUUAGAUAAUUCGUUUUACAUUUCUCGUCGGUAAGAUUUUUUAGAUACAUUAUGAAUACAGCGUUCUUGAUUGUUUACCUUCUUUGACUGGUUUGUUUAGACGCUGGAGAUUACGUCAUUCGCCAAGGCGAAAAAGCGGAUGGAAUCUAUUUUAUCUGGAAGGGGAAUGUAAGAAUAUUUCUUCCCAACCUUUUCAAUAAUUUCUUAUCUAAAUCUUACAUUUUAUAAUAGCCUUCGUGCACGGGGCUCGAAUUGGAAUUCAAUUCACUGUCAAUAUGGUGUUGUACGUCUGCGAUGCUCAUUUUAAUAUUUUCGGAUUAUUCGCGGUAAACUAUUGAAUUUUGAUGCCGAUUCCUCCAUUAAAACGAGAACUAGUUCUAUUUCUGAAUUCCCUUGCAUACAUCAUCCAAAUUUAUUUUUUUCCUUCUACUUGUUCCCCUUUGACAAACAUUUUUGGAUGGAAGGCUGCAAAUAGCUUCUCUUUUUUUGCUUGUUUGUUUCACCACUUUUGUCAUUUUCUCCAAGGAGUUAGUUGAUCAACUAGUCUGUAGCCAAUUAUACUAAAUGAAUUCUUCUUUUCAGUUUAAUUGCUCUGUUCCCUUGAUCACAGCAGUGAUCUUGGCUUGCUGCUUCAUGGCGCCAUAUUACCUUUUUUCUACCUACUUCUCCCAACGGGAUAAAACGAGGGUGGGGCAUUUAUAUUUGCAUUUAGAUGAGAGACUCUCGAAAGAUAAGAGUUGUGGUAAGAUCGACUCUACUGUUACAUCGUUUGGCUUUGCUCAGUGGGACAGUUAUUUUUCAAUGGGAAUGUUAUAUGUGUCAUCCAUAUCAUACAUCAUCGUACUGCUUCAUCCAACAGAUUUGGUUUAACCUUUUAGGGCUUGCAACAUCAAAGGUCUGAAGAUUUGACAAACAUAUGCAACAUGCUGUCAGCCUAAUAUCUACAUCCCGCUUGUGUGAUAAAAUUGACAUUUGUAAUAGUGUCACCAUUUUGAGAGAUGGCAGAUUUCCUUCCAAUGAUUAAACCGUUUAAAAUUUGGUUGAGAUUAUAAAAAAUUCUAAAGUUAAAUGUCCAAAAGGUAAUUCAAAACGUCCUUUUUAAUUUACUUCACAAUACAAGCUCGACUCUUGCUCUAAUUACAUGAACUCUAAAGAUGGGAUCUCCAAAUAUGGCUGCAUUUCCCCAUACAACUUGAGAUCUCUGGAAUUUAAACUUGUAAGAGAUGAAAAUAUUCGUGGGGAUUUGCUGAAAUUAUCAUUUCAUGAGGGUUCUCAUGAAUAACUGAUAGUCUUCUAUACUAUUCAAUGCCUAUGGAUUCGGACAAAUACUCCUUUGUUAUUUAGAGAUGGGUAAAAAUGGAGUUGUUGAUUUUCAAUCUCAAGAUGGAUGUUUCUGAGUUGAUUUGAGAAAACUUCUUAUGCAAAGUCAUAUGCAAGGAUUUGCAUCAAAGCUAACCCCGUAAGAAAGAGAACCUAUUCGCAGAUGAUUUAGUGCUGAAAGAACAACCACUGGAACGACAGAUUGUAAUGACGAGGAUAGUAAAGCUUAAAACGUGACUGCAAACGUAUUACUGUGCAUGGGUGCUCAAACUAGAUUGGACUCAGCAUGGGUUCUCAAACUAGAUUGGACUCACCUCAUGUGGUUGCUUUUUUAUUCAUGUUCUCUGCCUUGGCGUACCUUUCUCUAAAAACUCUCUUUCAUUAGUAGAAUAGCUGCACUAUAAAUGAAAGCCAUGCUAAUCCCGAUUUUAUUUGUCUCAUAGUUUGUGAGGUGCUGUGAUUUAUUUAUUUUUGGAUAUCAGAUUAUUACAUCAUUGGAGAUGAAUGGUGUCAUCGACUAUGCAUAUUAAAAGUACCUUUUAUAGUUGCUGCAGAUUUUAAAACCUGAAAAAUCAACUCAUUGUAGAGAGCUCUGUUGGUCGUUCAUGCUGGUGUAUAUUACCUUUUGUUUGCAGUUUGACAUCAAGUCUAUGUAAUCCUGGACGUUUUACCUGUAGGCUGAAGUUUUCGAAUCAGUUGAGUCAGAGGAGGCAAGCUAUCCUUUGAAGGAAUAUGACUAUUUUGGCUACGGUAAACAAAUCCUCUCUUUAUUAGAACACUAUUUCCAUGGAAAAAAAAAUGCUGCAUCAUUUAUUAGAACAUCAUUUGUGAAGACCACAUCUCAUUUCUACUCCGUUCAUAUUGAAUGCAUAGAAUCCUAGUAUCUAAUUCUUCCCCUUUUAAGAAAAAAAGUUCAUGGCUUAUCGAAUCAACUUUCUUAAGAAAAACUUUUGUAUGAAUCUUCACACGUAUUGCUCAUUAAGGGCUAUAUUUGGAGAGACAGAGAGAGGGUUUUAGGUUAGCUAACUUCAGUCGUUUGGCCUUUAUCAUGGUUAACAUUGUCCAUCUUUCAAGGCUUGUUUCUUCUUUUGAAACUAUCGUGGGUUGUUUCCUUUUACAUAUGAUUGUUUGGCUUCUUUUACAUAUGAUUGUUUGGCUUCUUUUACAUAUGAUUGUUUGGCUUCUUUUACAUAUGAUUUUUGAUUGUGCUUUCUCUCUAGAGAUUUGACUGAUGCUAAACUUUGAACGAAAUAUGUGAAGCCAAGUUUGAAUGAUGAAUUUUUGCUAAAUUCGAACCAGCUCUCGACAUGAAAGUGGCUCAUUCUUUAUGCAGUGUCUUGGAAAUUUGGACAGAAAGAAACAUGCUCAGUUUCCAAGGUAGCUAUUAUAAGUUUUAGUUGGUUAUGCUUAGAUUAAAGAGUAGAAGAGCUUUUUCUGUAAGGAGAAAGUUGACGAGUCUAUUAUUUUGGGUAUGGUGGGAUCCUAGUAUGGAUGUUGCUGUUGUAGGACCUCAAUUUCGAAGUUUAUUGGAGCUUCUGAGUUGCACUUUUUACAUACUCUCUUUUUGCUAUCUACAGUAUGUAUUUUACUUAUGAAAUUUGGAGGGAGGUAUGGGUCCCCUGACAGACCUAAGUUGCUUGAUUUGAACUUAUGCAUAUAAGUUUCCUGUAAACUUUUACAUCUUGUAAUAGAAUUUGUGAUAAAUUCAAGCAGCAAGCGAAAAGGAAGAAGAGGAGGAACCCAAGAAACCCUAGUUGGAGCGUUCUAGGUGGAAAGAAAUAUUUCGCAGAAUUUUUCCCCGAGCUAGGUCUUGUUGAUAUAUCUUAUUGGCUGGAGGUCAAGUACCUUAGUAAAGACUGAGCCUGUACUAAAAAGCAAACAGACUCUUCUCAAUUUAUCUUAGCCCUAAGUAUCAUUAUUCUGAAUUGUACUUUUUUUUACAUUCAUAAUAUAAGCCAUUGGGCUAUUUUAGUAAUUAUUUAUUUGAGGUCUUGCAUGAAAAUAUCAGAUACAAUCGCUGAACAUAAGAAAGCUGUGGCAAGAAGUUUACAGGACAAUCUAGUUCGUUAGACAAAUUAGUUUUUUCAGUGUUAGAUGUUAUGGAGCUGUUCAGAAUCUUACAUAAGGCUUUUGUCUUAAAAUGGUAAAGUCAUCCUUUUUGGAAGAGUAUAUAAGAAAGAAAAGCUUUCUCUUAAAAAUGAGGUUGCUAGGUGUGUGAUCUAUCACCAUGAAUUCAUUACUUAUCUGUCAGUAUAUGCAUUUUCAUUUUGGGAAAAUUGUGUUUACUUUUUUGAUUAGGCAGAUGCAAAUCGUUUUCUAGCUUCAUGAGAAUACAUACACAUGAUAAAAUAUCAAUAAAAUUAGUUUUUUUUUCUCAAGUGGGCCAUUGGUUAGGAUUAUGAGAAACUCAGGUGGAAAUUCCUUUUAUAGGUGCUGUGAAAUAUGGACUUCGAUAAAAGUUGGUUAGGAUGGAUCCAAGCCUGCGUUUUCUCUGUCAUUUUCUUUUUAUUUAAAUGAAGGACUCUUGAUAUACGUCACAAGAGGUCUCAAAUAAGGUGGCUCUUUAUCCACCGAACUCUUUUCCCUAGAAAGUGAAGUGUUUGGCAAAAUAAGGGAAUGAGCAGAAGAAUUGGUUGGCUUAAGAGGUUUCAAUACCCACAGCGCACAUUGAUGACAUACAUAUAAUAUUUCGAUAACCUAUUUUAUUCAUAUCCAUGGAAGAGGAAGAGCUAUACACGAUAGCUAGAAUGACAUUAAGGCUCUUGGAAGACGCUACUGGCAGUGAAGUUAAGUAUGAGAAAAGCAUGGUUGUUGGCUUAAGCAAGGCGAGAAUGGAGCCCGGGAGGGCAGCUUUACCUUAUAAUUUUGAGCUAGGAAAAUUUAUUUUAUCUUAUCUACGGACGCCAUCACCAGGCGAUCUAUAUUCCAGAGGGACCUGUCAAAGUUGGCACAAAAGCUUUUAAAUCAACUGGCGGUUGGAAUGAGAAACUUCAAACUUAUGGAAGGAGGUUCACUUUGUGUUAGUCUUUGCCAAUCUACCAUCUCUCUAUUUGGGAUCCCUAAACAAUGUCUACUAUGCUUAACGUUAUUUAAUGCAGAUAUUCUUUUGUCAUACUUAGUCACAUGUUGAUGAUAACAUGAUAUUAAUUGGAGGGCUGGGUUAUAAACUCGACGAUAUCUGUAUUAUAAAUUUCAAUUCAGCUUUGUUAAAUGAAUGACUUCGUACGUUGAGAUACAGGGACUUUGGUUCAAUGUAGCCAAGAAAAAGUAUUAUAGAAGCAGAUGAUGAAAUAUUAUAUCCAAUAAUAUUAAUAAAAAGUAAAGAUAUGCAAGGAUGUCUUUUGAGUUGCAUUUGUGGUAUAAUUCAACUCAGAGAUUUGUUUGAGGAAUGUGCAAGUGAAUCUUUUCUAGGACUCUUUGCGAGACUUAUAUUCUUUAUUAACAGUUUCAACUUCUCUUCAUGUCAACAGAAAACCUUAACAUCACCAUUGCACAGGUUUUUAGUUACACAAUAUUAUGAGGAUGAUGGUGGCUAGCGUUCAGGAGCAAUGCCAGGGAUGAGAAGAUUCAUUAACUUGAAUAUUUUUAAGCUUGUGUAUGCUUAUGAAUAGAUGAAAGCAUGUGCAAAUGUUUUUGGAUUCAUUCAGUUUUCGAUUUACACCUGCCUGAUACAAUAAACGUACAAGGAAUUCUUUUCAGAGAUCAUGGUUGACCCCCCCCCCCCCCCCUUCCCGGUUUAGUGAUGUCAUGAUGCAGUUAUUUGAACGGUUUUUUGAGCUGCCAGUCUCUUACCUAUAAUGGAUUUUUUAAGGGGAGUUUGGAUAAUAAAUCUCAAAUAGACAACCUUGAGUAGUGGCUUUCCCUUGUCUGUGUGCUACUGCGUAUCCAAUCUACUUCUGCCCUCCUAGAAUGUUUUUCAUGUCUAGUUAAGCCGUCUAGGUACUAGGCUUGUUUUUCCAGAAGACGGUCUUCAUUUCAUGUUUUUCUAAAAGUUAUUUGGAACCUGGCGUGCAAGCAUUGAUGAUAGAGUUUUGAACGCAGCAUAAUAUUUUUGUGUAUCAAUGACUUUGGCUAUUCUUUGUGUGUGAUUAUAAUUUUCACAUAAGAAAUGUAUGGAUAUCCCCUUCCGGAAUGUUGAUUUUACAUACUAGUUGGUAUCUACAAUUUUGAAAUUUCAGUUGCGAAAAAUAAUUUCUUUUUUUAUUUUGUAUUUGUGUGGAUGACUUGCAUGGAACUACGAUAUUCUUGGGCUGAUUUUGAAUGGUUUUUUUAUGCCAGUAGACUCACACUCUGUUUUGUUACAAUUUCCUAGGUAUUGGUGUUUCAAUUAAUGAAGUCAGCGUGGUUUCUUUAUCUAAGGUGAGCUUUGCAGUCUAGUGUUAUCAUCAAUUCUUUUCACUCUUAUCAUCCAUUCUCUUGUCCUCUUCAGGCCAUAUAGUAACCUCAUGAAAUCAUUUUUCCAACAUUCUUACUUCUCCCCUUCUGUCUAUCAGUUUUUUUCUCCCUUCUUUGGUACAUUGUCCUGUCAGACAAUUCAAAUUCUUCUAACAAUAUCCAAAUUUGACCAGAGUCAGUAUCAAUGGAACCCAUGAAUCAUUCAUCAGGAUAUUUAAUGUUAUCUCUGGUUCUUCUAACCUGUUUAGCCUGACUGGCAGAUCGAGUCUAUACACCUAUAUUUCCUGUGAUCCAUAUAUUGGAAAUUUUAAGCAUUAGCCUGAGCAGAUUAGGAUUAAGUUGUAUAUCAUGUCUCUUCUGAAAAACUUUUCCUGGAAAAUAAAUCUUAUCUUAAUUUCUCUUGGCAGCUGACCUGCCUGGUAUUGCCACAAGAGUACUUCAAUUUGCUGCAACCUAACUUCAUCUGGAAUGCAGAUGAAUCACCUGAAAGUUUAUCUAUUGUCGAGCAGACAUUACGCCUUGAGCCAAUUGAAGUAAGCAUCUUUUCUUCUGGUUGUUGCAUUCCAUAUGACUUUUAGUUGUUCUGUUAAGUCAAAUUACGGUACCACUGAUUGAAUUAAAAAGUAGAAUUCGUCUAAGGCCAGCACACAUUCUGUCAUUCUUUAGACGUGAAAAUCAGGUCAGUUAUUCAUAUUCAAUAUUAUUAUUUUUGUUGGGUUUCUGGAACAAACUUUAAACAAGUGACUGAAAAUCAGAAAGUUUUGAACUUUCCAUCAUUUCUAUGGAAAAAAUGGAUUCGAAUCUAGAGAUACAAAGGGGAAGAAGACUGUUACCCUAAGUAUUUCAAUUCCAUAAGAAUACUUAGCCGAGAAGUAUCAUAGAGGUCCUCGGCAGUUUAUCUUAAAUUGAUGUGGCCAUUGUGUCUUUAGAAAAGCUUGUUUAAGACUAUGGAUGCUUUAUUGUGUCAAUAUACUUCAUCAGGAUUGUAAGAGAGGCCAAUCCAAAUCAUGUAGACUUCUACCAAAUCACCUAAAUAGACAGGCAUUUUUUACAUCCAUUUCUUAAAGUUCCCAUUUGUGAAGUGUGACUACAAUCAAGGUACAUAUUAGUGUUGUCUUGGCAACAUGAGUGAGGUUUUCUUCAUAGUCAAUGCUACAUUUUUGUUGAAUGCAUCCUAUACAUCUUGUUUUGUACCUUUCAACAGAACUAUGAGAUUUAUUUUAGAUAUUAUUACCCAUAUGCAACUAAGCAUUUGAGUAGUGAUAAAAAAACUUAUUUAUUUUAGAUACUAUUACCCAUUUGCAACUAAGAAUUUGCCUAGUGAUAAUAAAACUAACUCCCAUGUGGAUGCCAUAUGCAUUGCAGAAAGUUCCUCUUCCAUUGAUUGUUGUCAUUGAGGAUGAAGACUAUUGCAGGAGUAGGGUUAAAAUAAAAAAAACGUCGAAAAUAUAAAAGAACAUGAAAGUUACGACACUUAUUUGAGAAGAAAAACUCAUCAAAACACCUUAGGUAGCUGGUCUAUGAUCAUCUCUAUUAGUGCACUAAAUUCUUUGGCUGUAGAGAAUUUUAUUGAUUGACCAAUGUAAGUAUUUAUCUAAGCAAUAAUUUCUUGAUUGUUCACCUCCUAGUUUGAGAACCAUGCUGCAUAGUUUUCAGCUUUAGAAUAUGUAGGAAUCAGCAAGGGUCCUAUCACGUAGGCUUUCAUUUUCUUGUUUAGAAAGAAAAUUUUCAUUAGAUAUGCCCAAUUGGUGUAGUUAUCAUCGGUCACCCACACACAUGUUCUGAAAUAAAAAUUGAUACUAGCCAUUUCACUAGAUUUUGCCUUGAUGAUGGUGACAUAGAUUCUCUCAGCAUGUACCUUAAUAUCGGGAAUAUCAGUAAAAACAUUUUAAAAUAAGGGAUUUUUUUUGUUUGGAUCUACUGUUCAUUUGGUAGUUUUCACGGAAAUUUUGGUAUUUUAAAUGUCUUUAUGAAUGUUUAGUAUUUUAGUUUUUUUUUAAAAUUUUGGUGUCUUUUACAAUCCUCGAGGCCACCAAUGGUGGUGGAUGGUUUGAACGACGAAAUUUAAGGCCACAUGGAAGUUUUCUAUUGGUCCAACCUUUCCUUUAAAGUCGCUGUUAGAAAUUUUCUGAUGGUAAGUUUUCAACACUUUAGCUUAGUUUCUAUGGGAUCGUGAAUUUCGGGGCCAAGGCAGUUAUUCACAGAUAAGAUGGUGAAUUUCGGAUUGACAUGCUACUAAACAUUUCAUGGCCUUAGGUCAUGGAGAUUUAGACAUUUUUUUCAUUUCAGGCAAUUGUCACACACCCGACACUGCCCUCUGGCAGGACUCUAUCAUCUCCCCUAUUAGCAACCUCUUACCUCAGGCCUUCACAGUUUUCUCCCUCAAACACAGCCCUGUGUGUAAACCUUCUCUGGCGAGCCUCUGUGGCAGCCACGAUUGGGAGAUGCAGCUGGCUAGUCUGUGCUUUACGGGGGCUAGUCCUGAGCAUUUGUGGUAUUUCUCAGAGGCCGAGCCUUGGAAAAAUGGCUGGCCCAAGUUUAACUGUCAUGGGGUCUGGCCCUUCGACAACCCUACCUAUUUUUGUUUUAUUUAUAUUAGGGCAUCAUUAUCUAAAAUUCAGAAAUUUAGAUCUAUUAAAUGUAUUUACCGGUAGUCUUUGAACAUCCCUGGUCAGAACAUGUCGUGUUUAUUAUUGCAAGACUUCUGCAUUACGUUCUGUUAAGCUUAUAGAAUCUGUUUUCUGGGAAAAAAAAGGUGGACAUAUUUCGUGGAUAUACAGUACCAGGUUCUCCAGUAUUCAGACAAGUUUUUGGAGGACAAUUCAUCGGACAGGUGUGAUCUGAUUUGAUUUGGUUUUAUCUGUCGUAUUUUCUGCAUGCCUGCUAUUAUUUACAGCUUUAUUUUUUAUUUUAAGUGAUCUAAAUAUCAUGGAUAUUAACACUCUAAGCUAAUAUGUUGCCUCUUGUUUACACCAUUGCUAUCUUUGUCUCAUUCUUCAUGUCUUCUACCAGAUGGCUGGUAAUCAUGAAUCUGGACAAAAGAAGCAUAGAUUGGGUCUCACCUGCGCCCGUGUACAAGACGAUAUCAAUAAUCGGAAAGAAAUAUAGGACUAGUGUAACAUUAAACUGUACAGGGAUUUUAUUUUUAGGAGCUCUUUAUGCAUGAUGAUUGACCUAAUCUAUCUCAUCUAAAUCAUGUCGGGAUAGGAUAGCACCUUAUCAUUGCACACUGUUUUGCACAUUCUUUAUGAUUAUCCCAUUGAAGUGCUUGUUGGGAUUCAAAAUUUUGACUGAAACUGGUGUAAGAUUAUUGUUCGUUUGAUGUAUAUCAGAUUUAGUACCAAAAGAGUGUCGAUUUCCUUUCUGGAAUUCAAAGAUAGAAAUCUUUCUAGGGUCCAUUUAGUUUGUUAACCUUUCAAAAUAUUCUGGGAGGUUAAAAAUGGUGCAGCCUUUCCAUGAAGAAAACUUUCUCACGUAGAGAUGAUGUACAGAAUUUAGUCUACAUGGAACACCUGUAUUGUGAAUUGUCCGAUAAUUUCAACUAAGUUAUCGGAAUUUUGUUCAAAUACAUGCAGAGGUAUGAAGUGUUAAUCUACUUCAUUCAGAGCAAGUAUCUCACAUCUAGAAAUACUUUAGGCACGUGAUUUGACUGAAACAUUGAUCGAAUAGUCUUUUGACGUCUAUGUGGUACUCAUUUAUUCAGGUUGCUCCUUAGUGGAAGAAGCAUUCGUCUGCUCUAACGUGCAUAUCAUUAUGUUCUUGCACUCCUCUCAACUGUUUUAUGCAGGCACUGGCAGCAGCCUCUAAGACUGUCGACUGCCUAAAACUUGCACACAGCUUACAUGCAUAUUUUAUCAUUGCUGGGGAUAGAAAUAGUAAGUAUUUUGCGUAUCUUUUUGCAUUUCCUAUGAAUAGUACUGAUUUGUUAUGGGGAGACUAUGACCACAGUGUGAACCGUGCCUUCAAAUUUUUAGUCAAAAUAUUGUGAUGGAUUUCGUGCAUAUUUUCCAUAAAUGUUUUCAAUCUUUGUGUCAUUUUCAUACAUCAUAUAGUAGGGUUACCUAGCGGUUGUUUAAUUUCCUUUAUUAGUCAUUUAAGGAAAGAAGAGUAAUAUAAAGAGACCUAGGGUAGCCAAAAUCUUAGAUUACAGACUGAGAUGGAGGUUUGGUUGAUUAUUUUUUCUACUUAUUGAGAUAUUUUCUUCAUCUCAUUAUACAUUGGGAACUUGGUCAUAUUUUCGUCCGAACAUUCCGUCACAAGAAAAAGAAUUAGUCGUACUGUUUUAAUAGUCUCAGUACAUGAGGUCAUUGAUUGAAUUUAGAUUUUUUUUGAUAUAUGUAGUCUAAUGACGUAUUUGCCUUACAAUAUUGGUCUUUAAACAUAGCUAGGUGGCUCAAGAUGAGGUGCUAAUUUGGUUCAUGUACUCUAAAGAUUUUAGUGGGGUAUAUUGAAUGUCGAAAAAUGUUGAGAAAUAGUUAUGCUUCCUUUUCUGUGUUACGGUUGGUUGAAACUCGUUCCACUUUGGGCCACUAACCCGUUAGAUUUUGGACCCAAUUUAGGUCCUCGAAACCUGUACUAUUGAGUUCAUUUGUAGCAUUAUCCUUGAAGACGAAAAGGUGUGAGAAAGAAAGGAAACUCUCUACUGUUCGGCUAGUGUUUCUAGGUUUUUUUCUCCAUAUAUUCUCUCCUCUAUCUCAACACCUAAGAUUUUCCAAGUGUUUCUCAUUGCUCCCUUCAAUCUAAGAUUUUGUGACAUGAAUGAGCAAAGUGAACUUAUACCGACCUCACUUAUCCAUUUUAAGGUAACAUUUUGUUAAAAUCACUAACAAUGAGUGCAUGAAAUUUUUAGUGGUCAAUCAAUUUUGAACAACUAAGUUUCCAAUCGUACCUAUGAGUGUUUCCACCAGGUCUCCUGUAAACUUGUUAAAAAGUUGGUUAUCUUAAGGUACCGAUCAAACAUUUUUACACUUACAAGCCUUGCUUAAUAGUUUGUUCUAGAAUGUUGUAAAAGAUUGAAAAACUUGCGCAAUCCUCAAAUAUAAUUUGGGUUGGCACAAUGAGUGUGUAGAGCUCACUAGAACUUUGUUGAAAUGACUUGAAUGUUUGUGAGCGUUCUAUAAAUGUUUUUUGGAUUUGAAAAAUUUGAUAAUACAGAAGCUCAUAACUAUCACAUUUAAGGUGUCUUUUAAGCUUAAAAAAGUUUAUAAUAUUCUCCAAGCAAGUAUCAAUAGUCGGAACUUGUUCUCAUCUUAUCCAUGUAAUGCCAACGCUUGGUUAUUUUCUGUCGACUCUCAAAUUUCUAAUGUCAAAUUUUCUAUUAGGUUUUAUAAUGUACGGUCUUUGUGUUGACCUCUUUGUAAAUAGCUUUUUGUUUAGCACACGUGUUUUCUCCUAGGAGUGAGCACUUUUGAUCAUAAGUCGUUGUUUCAGUACAUGCAUCAACACUUUGAGUUGUUCACAAUUAAAAUUUUUGAUAGUUAUACCCUUUAGCUUGACUGCUAUGUUAAAUUUCAUGUAAUAGGUAAACUAAGUGUCUUUAGCUCAUCAGAAUAUUUACAAUAUUCUAUUAUUAUUUCAUAUCCAAUUAUUUCCCCGUUAUAUGUGUGCCUAUAACUCAUCGAAAUUAAUAGUGAAAACUUUUAACAUUAUUUCAUACCAACAUACUGCAUGUUGGGAGUGCCCUUGAAGCAUUUAAAUCAAGCACAUAAGGUUUCAGUGUUCAGAGAAAUGGAAUGAAAAAAAAAGAAAUGUAUCAGUCGCGGGAAACGAUUGGGUUUAAAUUGUUUAGGCUCGUCUGAACUCUUCUAAUAUAUUUCUCGAGUAUCAUUAACGGUAAUAGACACCAGUUUACUAGGUCGCUAUUAUACCACUAGGCUUUUGGGUUUUCUCCCUACUAAAACACACUUCUUGAGGUUCUUUCUCAACUACCAUGAUAUUUAUUUCAUAGAAUGUUUCACUGUGUUAUCAAAUGAAUAAUAAAAUAAGCUUUUAUGAUGCCUAGUAGGCAUGAGACGCUUCAAUAACCAAAUGUAUCCAAUAUCUAUGGAGGAUUCUACUGUUCCUUUCUUUUUUGGUGGGUUGGCAAGCAGUUAUCCACCGUUGGUUUGACUCCAACAUUUUUCUCUUCAUGUUUUUUUUAAAGGGUUCAAAAACUGAGUCAAGACAUAGUUUAAACAGAUGUUAGUACACAGUGUUGAUCCCUGGGACGAAACAUUAAUCAUCCAGUUAUAUUUAGGGCUGAUAAUUAUGAAAGUUAGUGAUAAAUAAUUUUUCACAUUAAAAUCCUCUGUGGAUGAGGGUUGGGGACUCAUUAGUUCGAUAUAGCCAUGACAAGUUUAAGCUUUCUCUUUUCUCCUUUCUAUGUCACCUAGCCUCGAUCCAAGCUUAUGACGGGUUCUAUCUCUCUUCCCCCUUGGCUGAGAACUGAAGUACGUGAGGGGCUCUCUCUUUCUUUCUAUAGGCUGCUCCACUGUGUCCCAUGUAUCUAUAAAGGUUCUUAGAGCUUCCUCCAGAUAAGGGGGCAGAAUAUGUGGAUUCCACUUCGGAACCGGUUCCCUGAUCUCUUCCUUUUAGGAUAAGUGCGUCUGUCUAAACAUGGGAAGAACUGCAGCCGCAAUUACCCAUGGAACAUUAAAACUCAAACCCCCUGCCAUCUGCCUUUGAUUAUGUGGGUUCACACGCUACCAUAGCUGCUGUGCUACAGCUUGCAACAGCUGUUUGAUUAAAUUACUCGUUUGCAUUGUACAGUGCCAAUUGUUUAUCAUGUUCAUCAUUUACGGGAUGGCAAGAGCUUUGCUACCAGGAGAGUAGAUGCUACCCAGAAAGGUGUUGUGGUGUUUUCUCUAGUUGCUUCUUUUCAGGUAUUCCCAUUUAUAUAUUCUGAAGCUUCCAUUCUCUUUUGAAUGUUGCAACAAGUUUUUGGUUUCAUGGAAGAUACGCCUGCUUGGGCUCUGGUAUUUGUUCCAACAGGACGGCCUUAUUUUAACACAAACCAAACAAGAAUAAACGUUUGGAAAAAAAUCUUUUCUACUUCUCAAAUCAUAGAACGAUUGUUAGUCGUGUAAAGUCACCCUGGCCACAAAAAACGAAAACCAUCUAGGUGAAGGAAACUAAGAAAUUAGGAAACUGACCAACAGAGGCUAGAUCCUAAUUACACGUUCUUCCCACAUAUUCGAUAAACAUUCUUUCUUUUUAAUCCUUAAGAAAGAACAUGCAGGUUUCUAGUGAUGCACUUUGAUCUGGAUGCAUAAUCUAUCAGAUGACUUAUUUGGUAGUUGCAACUGCAAUACCUAUUAUGAUAUUUUAUCACAUUUUACCAAAGGUUGUGGGUUGUCAAAUUGUAGGUGACAGCAGUCGGACAAUACUUUGAGGGAUUUGAACAGUUGAACUAGUUUUUGGCGCCCCAAGUUUUGAUUGGGACUUGAACAAGAAGUCAGUGGACACCAGGCUGAUACACCUUAAUUAUGCAAAUCACUCAACACUGAGAUGACAAUGCAACAUAUGCUUUUGUGUGGGGUCAAUGAGUAGAGAAAACAAAGUCUCAAGCCUUCUUGAUCACCAAUGACCGUUGGCUAAUUUAUCCAACAUUUUGGCUUUUUUGGUCUGGUUGGGAAUUUCGGGAGGUCGCAAGUUUUAGUAUUUGGCUUUACAAAAGAAAUGGAUUCCAUAUAAAUCCAUAUUAGCAUGUCAAUCCACAGUCGAGGGACUUUUCAAUCGCAUCUUUGGGGAGAACGAGUUACAGUAUAAUCUGUCUAUGAUCAACAUUAGUUUGGCGCAUACUCAAUGAACUUAAAAAUAUGAACAUAUCCUUACGACAAAGUGAUUUUUGCUAAUUUGACUUCUCAAUCGCAUUUUAUGUUUUGUUACAUGAUGUGUUCGUUUGAAUGGACAACUAGUGUGGAACUGUCAAUUUUUUCUUUGGUUUUAUCGAUGCUUGAAAUGAGGGCAUGUCUCAUAUAAGCAUGUUCAUGAUUUUUAGCUUGCGCUGCAUGCUCUACAUGUUUCAAAUUUUCAGUGUUAAUGUCUUUUUCGUCACGAGUAAUAUCCCUGAAAAUAUUUUAUACAUAUAUCAAAAACUCCAUGAUCCUGGUUAACAUUGGUGCUCUACGGAAAAUAAUAUAGCAAUGGUGGGUUCACAUAUCAAAAAAAAUAAUUUAUAAUCUAAUUCAGUGCUCUGUAAUGUCUUUCUCUGGUUCAGUAGUAAUAAUCUCUUGUUAAAUCUCGAAUGAAAAACCAUAGGGACCAUAUCGCUGAAAAGGAUUUGUUUUAGAGAUACGAUCAUUUGAGAAGGAUAAUGGCGUGAAAUAAGCUACACUAGGUUCAAGUUGUUAUAGAAGCUGGCAGUGAGAUAUAAAUUGGUUUGGAUCCAGGUUUCCAUUAUUGUAGGUAGCUUUAUAAACUAGCAUAAUCUGAGAACACUUAAUCAUCGAAUGAUAGCUUUGGAACGUAAUAUUUUUGCAGAAAGAAGAGCCUGGCUUUGAACAUCAACAUGCUGUGAUGCCUUUAGUGCCUGCUCCAGACGUGGUAGAGUUAUUUUAUAUUUGCCCAUAACUCUCUGAGAAGUAUUGAACUAAUUGUCUUGUUCUUGUAGCUUCUUUCGAUGGAAGACCUACGGGAUAUAAAGCUCACUGAUCCUCGUGUCCCCAUGUGAUGUUCUUAUCAACUUCAUUGCUUAAAUUUGUGCGUCUAUAUUUUCUGAUGUAUAGCUAAGACAAGCUUAAAUACCCCCCCUGUAUUAAUGUUUUUAUGAUCCACAUGGAAUCUUCAUCUUCUCCUAAUACUAUGAAAACUGAAACUUUGAGAACACUGUCAGGUACUAGGAAUGUUUAAUAUCAUAUUAGAGAAGCUGUCAUGUUUUAGCGAAGAAAUUGCCGUGAAAGAUUUGACCAUAAUUUGCCGGGAUUUAAUACUGAGAUGUAUGGAGUCCACCUGUGAUUCAGUCCACGUGUUCUUUUUUAGGUGUUAUGUACAAAGGAAUAUGACUAGUAGAAGUGUUUCCUAAGAGAUGAACUCAGGUUGUUUACUUCACCCAUAUGUAACAUGCUGCAUUUUUCCACAAAAUAAAUGCUUUGCCUUCAUUUUUCUUGUUAUAAAAAAGUGAUGUUUUCGGGGAAACUGCUAUAGAAGUAGACUAGGUAUUAAGAAUGUAUCAAGGAAUUUCUGGCCAAUGAAAUUAGUGUCUUGCCUAAUGAAAAUUGGCAUCAGGUUGUGAUGCUAGAGUUUUUAAUGGUAGCCUUCCGAAUUCUGGUGCUGGUUCUGGUUAAACCUGUGGAAAUAUUUUUUGAUAUGUUGUCUAAAUGGAUGAUAAGAAGAAAAAGAAACUGGUAGUCGUCGAUGUAAUCGUGUUGAUCUUCUGGUAUCCUAGUGGUAAGAGUCACCUAUGCAAAUUGAAAUGAAUAGAACUUCGUGAAAGGGAACAACUAUGGGAAUGGCACAUCACCAUAAAUGACAGGGCUAAAGAAAAUAGAACCACUGUUAGCUCCACGGGGGGGAUGACUUUUUGGUGAAGUUCCUGAGUGAAGCAUACUAUUAUGAAUUCUCUGAGGGGAUACCUGAUGAAGGGCUCUUCAUAUACUGUUAAUUGGCUUCGCUUUGCUCUUCUUUUUCUCUUUUCCCCUGCUUUCCACUUUUAUCCCUCAUAUUUCCUUGAACCUUCCUUUAAUGUGGUUUUCUGCCUUUUGACGUGCAUUAAUCUACUUGGUCAUUGUGACACCUAAUAAGAAAUAAUUUAGUAAAUAACCAUUUCAAAGAAUUGCAAAUAAACUCAUUCCUUUCUAUUGCAGCAUUUUGAGUAACGUCUGAUCGUGUUUGAUAAUUCUUGUGAUCCAAAGGAAGUCUAACAAAUAGAUGUGAACAGAACGUACCGGAACAAUGAGGCUAGGAGCGAUUUUUUACCAUGGCCCGUUGAGAUCAGGUUCUGUAUACCAAUCGAAAUGGCAAGAAAAUAUAGAUCUGAACCAAGGUUUGGUGCAUGAUUUCAGACUUGUUCUCCUUAUGUUCAUCACUUAGUUUUUACGUAGUAAUUGCAAGAGAUAAUGAAUGCUCUACUCAGAUGAAGUUGCAUCGUCUUUCAGUCUGAUGUACUGGUUCAGAAUAAGAGGGAAACUUUCUGAUGAUGCUGCUUUGCACCGGUUAGUAUGUACAAAGUUAGUGUCCGUUUGUUAUUUGGUUAUUUGUACCCUCUUGAGGAGGGUUAUAGUUAUUCUUUUAUUUAUGUAGAUUCUUCGUUGCACAGGCUGUGCACACUCAAUGAAGCGUGAUGCUACAUUUCAUCGCUCUAUCUGUUGCGAUGUACUGCAGCCAUAUACUGUGGUGCAUACUGUGAACAGAUUUAGUGCAGUGCUGAUUAAUUCUAUCCCUUUUUACUCUAUUGAAAAAUGUUUUUUUCUUCUUGGUAAUUCCUUAUGGUUCUGUUUGUCAUAGAGGCAGUUUCUGAUGUGGACGUGUUUAUAUUCUUAACAUAUUUGAAAAUUCUAUGCUGAAGAAAGAGUCACAUUUAGAAUCUAAGGUGGCGUGUUAAGAUUCUCAAUAUGAGCAAAAUAUCAUACAUGAUCAAGCGUAUCCCAAUCAGUUGUUUGAUUAAACAUAUUAGUAUGACUCUGAACUAAGUUAAGAAGAUAGUUGUCCUCAGUUAACCAUUAGGCUGAAUGUGCCUUAUUAUCUUGAAGAGAAGUAUCGUGACAUUUCUUGGAUUAGAAUACCACAAUUAAAAUGAACACAAAAAUGGACAGGGGAGGCGUGUUGCUGUAGGCUCGGCCUGGGGUUUGGGGGAGUUGAGGGAACAUGCCUCAACCACAGAAGCAGUCGAUCCCAGUAGUGAUUGGUAUUGCGAUAUUUCCAUGGAAAAUGAAUAAGUAGAAUAGCUGCUGAACUCCACUGCAGUAUUAAUACCAUCUGAAUGUCAUGGUUGCGACUGGCUGUUAGACAUCUGUUGGUGGGAAACUAAUAAAUAACCAUUCUUCUGAUUUUUUCUUGCAGUUCUCUUUUUCCAUGUACAGUUUAAUCAUAAUCUUUCUUAAAUCUAUUCUGCAGAUGUGCGAUUGCGUACGCUUCAGAUUUCUUAUUCAUGUCUAUCAGCUUGAAUCCCCAUCGUAAGAAGGGUUUGAAGAUCAUGUGCCUCAGUCUGGAUCAUUCGUACGUUCUUGAACUGUUAAAUACAUCUGUCGUGAACACUUUCAUUUUAUUAUGCUGUCGAUUUGAUUAUUUAUUCAUACAACUUUCAUAGAAUAGUGGUUUUUCUAAUUGUAUUUUUAUAUUAUUUCUUUCUGAAUUUAUUCAACUUUCCUACAUUGAUAUUGUUGGUCGCUUGGCAAGAGUUACGCUACCAGAGGGUGUGAAUAAUGCUCAAACCAAUCGAGACAAGACACAAUCACACAAGACUCAUGGGAUUUAUAGUGGUUCAAUCAACAGUCAGGGCCACCUUUUGAUCUCCACUUGGUUAUCUGCAGGUGACAUAUGGUGUUAACGAAGCCUUUAGUUAAAAAAGCUUCACUGAUGAACAGAAAAGAGAGAAUGAGAAACAAAACCUUCUAGCAAAGCUUGAAAAAUGAUUGGAGUAUGUUAGAGGCUUUGUAUUCUCAAGUUCUUCUCACCAGUGGGUUAUUUAUUAGGCUGAAAGGUAGGCAUGGUCAUGGCUUGAGGAAACCCGUACCGAGUUACCAACAAGAUUGAACCUCUACUUUCCGUUUUUUUUUUUUAUAAAUUUGAAUCUGCCAACACGUGUAGGUGGGCUUUCAAGAUUUUAUUCAUAUCUUAUAAAGUCAUCAGCACCUACCUUUGUCGACUCUAUGCAGUUUUGACUUUGUUUCGAACACAAUGCGCUGUCACAUAUCUUUUGGUUCUCUAUACCACAUUGAUGUUCCUGACUCCAAAAUCGACACUUAAAUUCACGACUGACUGAAUUUCUUCACAUAUCAUUGCUUUGUUUUUUUUUUUUUCACCGCAUGAUCAUUAAAUUUGAAGGACCCAACAUCAUAGUAAUUGCUUCAUUUUUAACAUAUUUUUAAUCUCUGAAAUCUGUAUUCCUGCAUUACAAUUAUGAUUUUAUUAAAUAUGAUUAAAAAAAACAAGUUUAGGUUCGAUUGAUGUCUAUAGAGACAUCUACAUAUCCUGGGCAGGUAUGCGGAUUUUUCAAAUGUAAUGGAAAAGUCAUACAUUUGAAAAAUAAAAUAAAAUGAAACAUGUCGUUGAAUACAGAUGGCUAUGAUCUCGGAGCAUACACUUCCUUUAUGUUGUCUACGUGGGAAGCUAGAAUAGUCUUGCGUUGAAAGAAACAUAUCAAAACGUUUGACUAAAGAGAUGUGUGGGUGGGUCUUCUCCCCUUUACUAGGAAUCGGUUUGGAUCUUUGGAUGACCCAAAAGCACAGCAGGCGUAAAAUUUACUUGACUAAUGCUAUUAUCUUUGUCCCUUGAGCUUGAAUUCCCUUGCCAACAGCUGACUAUCAGAGAAAAUGAGAGUGUGGCAGGCUUCAAUUGCAUUUUUCUGUUCUUCACCAAAAACGUGUCAGUCCAUUUCAUGAAGCAGCAGUUACUUUGUUCCCUGCACGUUUCUGCAAGUGUGAUUGGUUUCCUGGAGAACAAGGGAGAGAGAGAGAGAGAGAGAGAGAGAUAGAAGCUAUCUGCCUUUUGAGACAGAUCUGACCAUGAUUCUUCUUUUUCUGUCUUCUUCAGCAUGUGGUUCCACCGGGACUGCAGAGCCGACGACUGGCUGCUUUUCGUGGUAUCACUUUUGUUUUCUUCUUCUUCUUCUUCUUCUUCUUCUUCUUCUUCGUCUUUUGAUUCUCACUUCUCCCACAGAUGGAGAGCCCCUCUGCCUCCCGCGGCCGCGGGUUCGCUACCGGCCGCAUGUUCAACAGGAAGGGCGAGGUCUGAAGAUCCGCAUUCCCUGAGAGCUUGCUUUCUUCAGGAUUUUCUUGGCGCUGACUCUUCUCUGUGCUCCUGUUGACGCAGCUUAUCGUGUCCCUGGCCCAAGAGGGCCUUGUCCGGAAGGUUGCGCCGCCGAAUCGAGCCCCCCCUUCGAAGCUGUAG